AUGUGCUCUGCUCUGGUCUCUUGGAAGACAACUCGCCCUCGCAGCCAGAUGGAGCUUCUACGCAUCGCUGGGAUUGUCGCCCUUGGCUUACUGUUGAUGAGCGGUGUGGCCCGCUGCGAUGGCGAAGAUUCGAAGGAAAAGGAUGACAGCGGAGAGGACAUGGACAAGUGUUUCACCAUGGAUUCCAUCCUGGACCUCGUCAAGGACAUGGAAGAGGAAAUGGACAAUCCCGCGGCAGCGAUGAUGGAAGUUGAUAAUAAGAAGAAGGAGGAAGAAUCUGCCCCUCAGCGCCAAAAACGAAGUCUGGGCUUUUCACCGUUUGGAAUGAACGGCUUCAACCAGUACCAGGUCCCUUACCUCGGCGGUUCCCGUCUUCUGCCCUGGCUGGGAGGCUACGGCGGCGGUAACGCCGGCUACGCGAGCGGAUACAGCAACUACGCCUACAGCGCGACCCGCCUCCAGUCGUUCAUCCAGUCGUUCACGCCGGGACGCUACCACAUGGCGAGCAACUGCGGCCAGAGCGCCGUCUUCCGCACGCAAGUCAUGUACCAGCAGCGAAACGACUACAGCUGCGUGGUGCACGACUUCUACAAGCGAGGCACCUACACCACGGCCAAGACGGCGUUCAUGGCGCUGCCCUUCGUUCGGGUGGUUCCGGUGACGACCGUCCGCUCGGUCGAUUACGUCGGGUACAUCAAUAACGGCUACGGGUACACUGCCACGCUGUGCGGCUCUUGUAACCGUGGUUACCCUCAGAUCGAGAUUCGCUGUAACGCCAGGCCUUACUACCACCUGGUGCGAAGGUUCGUCUUCCUACCACAAACUGAAAGAUACCAAGUUAACUACGGCGUGCCACAGGACUUUGGAGUUGUCGGCUGAACACCUAAUCGAACAAGGACGAUAACGUUUUAUAAUUUAAUUGAUUCUUAGUAAUUACCUUUUUAAAGUAGUGCCCGAUUUUCAA